GUGUCGGGGUGAUAGUUUAUGGAACAUUUUAUCUGGGACAAAACUCCGCCCUUUUUUUUUAAAUCUAACAAAAUACAAUACUGCAAAAUAAUUUAAUUCUACAGUUGUGCUCAGAACCCUUCAGCUGUAACUGAUACGUGUAAACGAUGGCAGGCUAUAGCGCUGAAGAAUAUUCAGAGUUUUCUGAAUUUUUCUUAACUGAAAGUAAUACUUGUCUAGCAGUUAACAGGACAAGUGCUAUCAACGAAUACGUCAACAUGGAAUACCAAGUAGUACAAAAUUUAAUUAUAUUUAUCGGAUUGUUAUUGUUAUACUAUUUCUCGAGAAAGUUCAGCAGUUGUUGUAAAUCAGACCAAGAAGAAAUGACAUUUUGUUCCAUUUUAAACAUGGGGCACGAGAGUGUAGAAACUCGUUGUGGUCCAGAAGCAAAGCAAUACGUGACAUUCCUGUGGAAUUUGGUUAUAGCAUCAUUUGUAGUAAUGUUGAUAUCACUAAUAAUUAUUUUGCCGAUAAAUAUGCAGGGAAGUUUACAAGAACUAUCAAUUUUUAGCUACACCACUAUGAGCAACUUGGAACCACAGUCAACCUACUUGUGGGCACACAUUUCAAUAAGUUGGCUAUUCUUCUUACUGUCCAUUUCGACUCCACUCUUCAAAAUUGUAUACUUUGUUCCUUCUUCGUGUCGUACAAUAAUGAUCAGAAAUAUUACCAAAAAAGAAAGAAACAUAAGUUCAAUACAAGCCAUUUUGCAAAAACGAUAUCAACUUAAUAUCCCAACAAAGGACAUAAACUUGGCACACAAAAUAAAAAAACUGACGGAACUAGUAGAACAAAAAAAACUGAUGGGUGAAGCCAAGGGUUACUGUAAUGAAAUUUCACGAGACAUCAGACGACGACAUUUUUGGUUGUGGUCCAAAGAAGAAGCACUAGAAUAUUACACGAAACGAGAACAAGAUUUUUCGGAUAAAGUGGAACAGGAAAGAAACAAAACUAAAGAGGAUCCUCUUGGAAUUGCCUUUGUUACUUUAGACUCUGAAGAUACCGUGAAAAAGUUGACAACAUGUUGCGGUUCAUGCGACAAAUGGGAUGUUACAUUAGCCGAGCCAGCGUCUAACAUAAUCUGGGAAAAUUUGGAAACCUCUCUUAAAUGGAGGAUCUUUAUGAGAGUGGUAGUAUAUGUUUCUAUAUUCUUGUUAAUAUUUUUUUUCGACAUUUGUAUUCACAUUUUUGACUUUUUAAAAACAUAUUUCCCGGUGACUCACGUUAAUCCAAUAGUUCUUAAUUUAGUGGCCCUUUUUGUAUAUUCGAUCUACCGCGUUCUCACACCAUUGAUUAUUAGAAAAUCUGAGUUGUGGGCAUUAUAUUGGACUAAGUCCAAGAACAGAAAUUUGUUAGUACUAGCAAUAUUUUAUAUGGUUUUAAUAAGCAUAGAUUUCGUUUUACCAGCUUUAGGCUUAACAGAUAGGUUUGCUUUUACAGAAUUCUUAAAAUCAACCAAUCAUAGUUUAAACUGGAAUUGUGCUUAUGUAGUUGACAAAAGUUUUUUUUUCUUCAUGUUUGUCAUAGAAUUCGCUUUCACAUCAAUAGCUAUAGAAUUACUACACAUUUGGGAGUUCUUUUGUUAUAUUUUUACGUUUAUUUGUGUCAAAUCAGAGGCAGAAGAACCUAGCAUCCGUAAGAAUAUAUGCGGUGAGUUUCAGUAUGCCGCUCACGCUUGUAAUGCUGCUGUUGUUUUCAAUGUAUGCUUUAGUUAUUGUUUAAUGUGUCCUCUGAUCACUAUUGUUUGUUUCAUAUAUGUCUCGAUAAAGUACUGUGUUGAUAAAUACAAUAUCUGUAAUUUUCAUAAACGUGGUUGUACAUCACAGGUAUAUAGUUGUUCGGUACAUACAAAUUUUGUUAUGAUUUUCUUGGUGUGUUCGUUUUUAUUGCAACAAAUAUUCCUUGUUGGUUUUUUAUACAUAAGAACAGGUACAACUGUUAUGUUUUGGGUUUCCUUAAGCGGUGGUAUUAUCAUUUAUGUUGCAGCCGGAUUUGUUUUACAGUUUCGAAUGAAGUUUGAACGUUUAAAAAAUAACUACGAAUAUGUCGCACCAAUACUAAAUGAUAAAAAGGGAACAGACGGUCAAGAUAUUUGCGUUAUUCCUAUUGACCCCAAUUGUUCUGAUGCAUAACAGUAUUGACAUGUUUCAUAAUUUUAGUAGCAAUUUUAUAAUUCAUAUUUAAAUUAAGUUACUAUCAUUGUUAAAUUUUCGUUACAAAAGCCUUGUAAAUUGUUUAUAAAAAUAUAUACAUGCUGUUAAUUAAAUUAUUAUUUACUGUUUUUAUUUCACGAGUAUAAUCUAGUGAAGUAAUAGGGUUCAUCCGACGAACGACUAUUUUCAGGUUUUCUUGACAUUUCAUGGCCAUUAGAGUAUAAAAAAUAGUUCUCCCGUUUCCGUCUGUCUGUUAUUGUCUAUCUGUGCGUCAGUCUGUCUGCAUCAUAAAAAAAAUUGGUCCAAGGUCAUUUAGACCGACUUCCCCCUCCCCUGAAGUACAGUACAACAUAUCAUUUGAUUUGAUUUUGCGAAGUUUAUUUUUUAUGAUAACCGCUAGACCUUAAAUAAAAAGAUAAAUAUCUGUGUCGUCUUAAAGGGAAGGUAAUAACAGUACUGUAUUAAAGAACAACCUUACUACUAAUGGGAUUAAACAAUAAAAAUUAUAAUAACAAACAAAAUCAAGGUCGAUUCAUAAACCACAAGUACAGGAACACAUUAUUAUGUUAUAAAAUUUAGAUAGCGUUUACUAAGCCAAAUUUUGAGCUAACGUCAUCAAAUUGUUGAUAGAGAUGAUUAGAGUUUUACCAUAUACAAUUCUACUCCUAAAAUUUGACAACACAUAGGCUAGCUCUCUGCACCUGCAUAGUUUAGACCGGGAAUAGUCUGUUUGAAAUUUUUGGUUUUGUAUGGAUAAUAAAAACAAACGUGCUAAUUUCAGUACAUACUCAAUUAUUAACAAUAAUUAUUAGAUUACACUAGUUUACAAAUUUAAACUUUUUUUCAUAAUCAAAAAUAAAACAAUUAUUUUUUACUUCUAAAUUACUUGCUGAUAACAAAUGCAAAAACGGAUUAUCUUUAUCAGGUUUUUCAUAAAUCCAAAAUAAUGAACUUUGGUUUUACCUUCACGUUAGUGUUAAACUGAUUCAUGUUAAUGCACCAUUGUCGCAUAAAAAAUAUCUUCGAGAUCGUACAAAGUAAGUGCAAAUCUGUUUUGUUACGUUUGCGGUAAAAUUAUAACACUUACAGCGGGAAGACCUGUUGAAAUAUGCUUUAAAAAAAGGUACCAAGGUUUUUGGGACGAAAAUAUGUUAGGGGAUUACUGUUGGUCUAUUAUAAGGGAAAUUGACACUACUGUCAAUAAAAGAAACGCUAGUGUUAAUCAUUUUUAAUUUUUAGUCAUAAUGUUUAUAAUAUAUACUGGGUGUUGCUUUUAUUUAAUGCAAUCCCUGUAAUUUCUUUAUUCUUAAAGAUAAACCUGUAUACAAAUAAACAAAUAAAUUGAUCAAGUAGGCACUUUGAUCAAAUAGGCACUAUUGUUACCAAUAGUGCCUACUUGAUCAAUUUAUUUGUCUAUUUGUAAAUUUAUUUUUUUCCAGAAAUCACUGCACCACUUUGUUAUUUUGUCAUUUUACUUUUCUAGU